GCAUGCGUUGUUUUGGUUGUGAGGACAGAAACCGCCAUGUUUUAGAAACAGCACUAUUAUUUUUAAAACAAAAAUAAUACAAUAUAAUUGACGCUUUUUGGAUAGGAUAUUGUUUUUCAUUGCUUCAUUUGAUAGAAAUAUAUUGUAUGUGCCUAAAUACAUGAUUCUAAUGGAUCUACUCCUUCAAGCAGCCAAAGUUCUUGAGCUGGGAGAUUCGGACGUCGGUGCCGAACGUGUUACGCCCAAAUCCACACGUGGCACACAUUUUCACCAAUAUGCCAAACCAAAGGACGAGAACAGUGACAACUCGCAUGACUCUUUUUUUGGUGAAAAUGAAGUUGGCACCAGUGAAGAGGACAGUUCUUCCCAACAUACUCAAAGGAUGGGCGGAAAGUCAAGCUUGCGCAGUGCGACCAAACGACAUGAGAGUCAGCCAAACAGACAACCGUAUCAGCCCUUAAUGGCAGCAGGGACAAGAGAAGUCCAUAACCAGUUGGAGAAAAAUAGGCGCAGACAACUCAGGGAAUGUUUUAACAUUCUGCAGCAGUGCGUUCCAUCUCUUGAAAAUAAACGGGUAGCCACGCAGUCCAUUCUGCAAGGAGCAAUCAAGCAUAUUAAGAACUUGAAGAAGAAAGAUGUGGAACAGGAAAGAGAGAUUCAAACCCUGGCUAACAAGAAAUGUGAACUGAAGAAAAAGUAUGAUGUGGAGUUAAAUAAAUGCUCUGAGGAGCAGCAGAGACUGGCUGAUGCCUUCCUAAAAGUGAUGAGAGCCCAGCAUGUACCUGAGGAGGAUGACGGACACACCUCUGACUCUACAACUACUGCCUCAGAAGGUCCAGAGUUUAGUGAUGAUGACAGAAAGUCUUCUCAGCCAGCAAAAUGUUUUGUUUCUGAGGCUAAGGUUGAAGGGUCACGGAAACGAAAGUUAGGACCUAGAGCUGCUAUCAGCUAUGGUUCAAAGUCAUUAGAUGUGGCAACAACAAAUCAAGUAGCCUCUACGGUGUCGCAGCCGAUGCCUAGCCUGAACAAGUCCUCUACAGUCUCCUCAUCCUCCCUUGCUCUAAAGCACAUGCUGGAGCAGAGGAAGAAGAAUCAACUCUCUGUGGCCACUCAAGGCAAAUCAUUGUCACAAGACAAGGUUCUCCCAACUGCUACUGGAACUAAAGGUCAGGGAAAACCAGCUAGCUCUUUAACAUCAAGCUAUCCAAAUAUCAGUACACGCUUGGCCUCUGGAUUAAAAUCAGCCCCGCCAAAUUUGACCCAACCACUAUUAUCUGCCCAAAAACAUGUGUUGUCAUCUUCUGAGCUAGUGCUAGCCACUGGCCAACCUUCUGUAAGCCAGAUGACUUCAGCUUCUCAGGGGAACCAGAUUAUCAGCCAGCCUCUUCAGCAAGCAACAGAAGCCUUGAGUAUGUUAGCCAACACCAGCAGUUUAGCUAGCUCAGCACAGUCUCUGCUUCUCAAAGAUCCCCCUAAUGCCACACAGUCCAGCUCCAAGCGAAGGAAAGUUGCAGAUAGUAGCAGUGUGGCUCACCCAUCUUCAUCCACUGUUGCAAUGGCUAUUAGUUCAACCUUGCAGCCUGUCAGUACUUCAUUGUUGUCUGCAGUGCAGCACAAUCCUUUAUCUGCCAGUUCACCAAGAACAGCUGCGAUUCUCAACUCUCAACCUCUGGUACAACCAGCCCAAGCCAGUUCAGUCAAAGUGCCAGAGGUAAAAAAGCUAGAAAGUUCACAGACUACUGUCUCCAAAAUCCUUACAGCGCCACUCAGUACUGACCUACAAGGCAUCAACUAUCUUGGGAAGAGCACUGUUGGAAACAACACUGGAACACUUACCAUGCAAUCUCUAGCAUCCCUGGCCCAGCCUGUUGAUGGGGGGUUGUCAUCCAAGCUAUUAUCUACUGUGAUUCCUGUUUCUUUGGCUUCCUUCAUCAGAAGCAUCCCAAUUAAUGCUGUAGUCUCUCCAGUAGUUUCAUUAGGGCAGACACACAUUUCCAUGACCUCGGCUUCACAAGCUUCAAAUGCUGGCACACCAUCGUCAACAGUUACCUCACUUUUUAGCAGCCCAAUUCAGCAGUUGGGGACUAACUUGAUCUUUACUACCAACAACAAGACGGAAGUCAAUCAGCAAACAUCUGUGUCACUGUCCAAUAACAAUGCAAGGAUAGCUACACUACUGGCAGCUCCGUCCCCUUAUCUAAACAAGAAUGUGAUUGAUUUAAAACCCAAUUCUUCUCUAAACCUGACCUCCAAUUCCCAGCAUACUGCGGUGCCCUUAUCAUCUGCAUCAACGUCCACUAUAACAUUACAAGAUAAUUCUUUAAAAACUAUGACUUUGACACCAACCUUGUUACCGCUAUCUUUAAGUAAUGGUCAGCUGGGCACAGGGUCAGGGACUAACUUGUCUCCAGCUCCCCAGCUCAGGUUUUUCACUCCUUUUGCCCCCAAUACUGUAAUGGCAGCUUCACUAGCCAAUGGCCAAACUGCAAUGAUGCCCACCAUGGUGCAACUGGGCAAUUCAGGCCAAGUGGCGCUUCUCCAAAAUUUGAUCCCCACCCAGCAUGUUCAAGUUCAGGGUCCACGCCAGCAUCAUCUUCUCAGCCAACCGAUAGUUGUCAUGACAACACCAGCAACAAAUUUUAAUGUCACUACAGCCAGUGGAUCAACAAGUAGUUCAACUGGUCCUUCUUCUACAAAUAUUUUAUGAAACUAAUUGGGUAUAAGUUAAUAGUCUUAAUUAGCUUUUUUUGUUUUUUUUUAAUAUCGUUGUCAGUCUAGGAAUCUAUCUCAGACUAUUUGUUCCUUCACACUUAGACAUUAUGGUAUCAAGUAUAUAUUUUCAUGUGCAGAGCUGGGCUUUAGAUUGUUUCAUGUGUAUGAGAAUAGAGUUUCCAAUGCUUUUAGGUUGGCUUCAAGUUAGUAUUGCUUACACUGCUAGUAAGCAAUACAGGAGUGUACUAUUUAAUUAAAUAGUUGCCUUAAUGUUAUAGAUAAAGUUUAUAGUUUUGUUUCAAAAGUUCCACACUAAAAUUUAUACUAACAAUCACAAUAGUAAAUGACCUUGCAAACAUCUUUUUUUAAAGGAAAAUUUUCACUGGUCAACAGUGAGCGACAUACACUUGUAUUAAAUAUCAAACACUACAAUUAACAUGUUGGUACGCGUUUCUUUGCUUACUCCAAUGUAGGAGUACUAAUACUAUUUAUAGAUUAUCGAGUAAUCUCUCUUUUAAUCAGAUCAACAUCUGUUAAUUUAUGUCAUUGGUGUUUCAGCAAAUGAUCAAAGAGUAUGAUUGUAAUUGUCUACUUUUCUAUUUUAUAAGGAUAAUUUCUAGGGUGUAAUUGUCUUCUUUUUGAAGAAAUGUCUGUAAGCUAUAAGAUCUCCUUAGCAAUCUGAUUUUCUUUUAAAAAAAUAUAUCAUUAGGCAUAAAAGAUAAUAAUGCAACAUCUGCUGCUGGUGGAUUAUUUUGGUAAUAUUUAAAUGCUGGCAGCAUUCAUAGUUUUGUUUUUCAUGCAUUAUAGGUGGUUUGACUUGAUAUUAGAUUCAACCUAUGAAUGUGUCAUUGGCCUUCUAAACUCUUUCUGAAUUUGCAAGCAAAAUGUUUGUUUAAAAUUUGUGCAGUUUUCAAAGAUUUUUUUUUUCAUUAUGUAUUGCACCUCUUAGAAAAACAUAUUGAACUUUUUUUUUACGUAACAGUACUGAGUACUGAAGUUAACCUCUAAAGCUAUUUAUUUGACAUAUUUCAUGUUUUUCAGACCUGAAAAAUUUUUUAAUGAUUUUUUUUUUUCAUUAUAAAUUUGUUUUCACUCUUGAGCUCUGGAAAUAUUUUCUGGUUCUGAGCCUGCACUUUUUUGUUUGUUUUGGGUAUUCUUUGGCAUCUUCUACGCAUUUUGUUUUUUCAACAUGUUGACAAAUAGCUGUCUGGCAUAGUGCAUUGCUUGAGACUUUCAAUUAUUAAAGGCAUCUAGAUCUAGUAUUUAAAAAAAUCCACUUAAUACAGGGUCAGAAACCAACAUUCAAUUUUAAAAAUCAUGGCUUCAAUUGAAAACAUAACAAGCUUUUGUUAAGAAAUAUUCUUAUUGAUAACACUUUAAAGCAAUUGUUACAUUUGAAGUUGGUCUAGUCAUGUUGCACUACUUUUGUAGUAAAAAUAAUUAAAAAAAAAUCAUUGACCUCAUUUUUAUAUGCUUCUUCCUUACCACAACAUAGAAGCAGUAGAAAACUUUUAUAUUUUUUACUGGAAAGCAAUUUCAGUUUGAAGUUAAUGUUUCUCUUUAACACCAAGCUAUCCAAAUAUCAGUACAGUAAUAUAUGCAAUGUAAAACUAAUACUAAAAGAAAUAAAAGGAAAUUCAGUCUAACAAUGCUAUCAAUUGAAUAGGUACCUUUAAUAGCUUUUUGAACUUGUUGAUCUGGAGAUAGGGAAUUUUACCAUUUCAUCUAUGUUCAGUGAUAUCCAUACUAACAUUACGUUUAGACACCACAUAAUUGGUUUUGUCUGUUGAAAUGUGUUUACUAAUAUCUGUCUGUUGAAAUGUGUUCAAGUUUGCUUUUGCUAGCAUGUGUCUGUUCUUCACACCAUGUCAGCAUACAACAUAAUAGGAGUCAAUAUAUUUCUUUAAUAAUAUUUGUAUUGGACUAUCGUUUUUGUUGAUGGAAAGUUACUUGUAUAAAUGUUGUAGAUAAUUUGAAGUCUGUACAAAUCUUGUGAUCUUGUCUUAUUUAUUCUCACUAGUUAGGAGCUAACUAGUUUUUCAACACCAUAAAAAACUAACACAUGAAGUGUAAGUCUUUGAUGUCAAACUAACAACUUUUUGACUAAUUGUGAUAAUUGAAAAUGACUUGUGAAAAUUAAAAAAAAUGAUUAAAAGGGAUUUUAAUAUCCAUACAAAGUUUUAGUAGCAUAUAACUUAGUGCAAACCUUAAGUUAAUACAAAAAAAAAAGAUUUAAUUUAGGACUAACUUUUUUUGGUGAGAAAAAAAAAUUAUCAAAACAACAACAAAAAAGCUUCCGCUUGUUUUUUAUGUGUAUGUCCUAGCAGAAUUAUUUAUUACAAAUAUGUUUGAAUAUUGAUUGAUUCACAUAUAUGUAAAUUGUAAUACAUUUUGAAUAGAUACUGUGUUUAUAACUACAGCAGUGUAAGACUGUUUGAAUGAAUGUUUUUGUGUGUGUGUGUAUCAGUGUAAACACAAAGUCAGAAUGGAUGUUGAUAAUUCUUGAAGGUUCACAUUCUACACUAGGUAUAGCUUUAGUGACAUUGGGUCACCAUUUUGAGUGUAUUGGUUGCUAACCUGUUCUUCUUGGAUUCUGUGUAUGUCCAAUAUCAUGUCUGUGUGUGUCUGCCCAGUAUCAUGAUGUCUGUGUGUGUGUCUGUCCAGUAUCAUGAUGUUACUUGUGACAGUUAAACACUUUUUUUUUCUACUGUGAUAUCAUGUUUCUGUUUCUCAUCACUCAGUGUACAUACAAAUGUUUGUUUUUAUUUUAAUCUUUUAUUUAUUUACCUUUUUUUUUUGUAUUCAAUCUGAGACAAAUAAUUGACAAUCGACAAUAAAUGUCAAAAUAUUCCACCAAUUUUGUGUUAUUCAGA